AUGCCUUCUCCCUUCCUAACCCCGAGCUCCCACUCCGAGCUGGGCCAGCUCGCCCUCCUCCAUCUUCGCCGCGACAAUACCAUCCCGGCCGUCCUCCGCCUCCAUGACGACGAAAACUUAGGCUACAAGGAAGGAAACGUAACAAACACCCGGUUUGGCUCAUUUCCGCACAGUACGCUUCAUGAUAAACCAUGGGGCUCCCAGAUCAUAGCCUCAAAGGUCGACACGGGCUCGCGCGGCCGUGCGAAUCUCAAAAAGCGCAAAGCAGCCCAGCUCGACUCUCCCAGCGGAACCGGCGGCGAUGAAGACGCCGACGCCGACAGCAGCAAACCAACACGCGAAGCUCCCGUCGCCGCAGCAAGCGGUUUCCUUCAUAUCCUCCGCCCGACCCCGGAGCUUUGGACCGCCUCGCUCCCCCACCGCACCCAAGUCGUCUACACUCCAGACUACAGCUACGUCCUGCACAGGCUCGGCGUGCGCCCCGGAUCAACGCUCAUCGAAGCCGGUGCUGGAAGCGGCUCCUUCACACAUGCGGCCGUGCGCGCCGUCUUCAACGGGUAUCCCGAGACCACAGAUACAACCCAACCACCAACAAAGCGUCGCCGUCGCCUCGGUAAAGUAUGCAGCUUCGAGUUCCACGCGCAGCGCGCCGACAAAGUCCGCGAGGAGAUUCAUGAGCAUGGCCUCGACGGCCUCGACUACGUCACCCACCGCGACGUCUACCAGGACGGGUUCCUGCUUAACGACGCCGACGGCAAGCCAUCCAUAUCCCCCAAGGCGAACGCCAUCUUCCUCGACCUGCCGGCCCCCUGGCUCGCACUAAAACACCUCGUCCGGAACCCUGAAUCCGGCGCGGAAUCACCACUUGAUCCUGCUGCCCCAGCCCACAUCUGCACGUUCUCGCCGUGCAUGGAACAGGUCCAGCGCACGAUCAGCGCGCUUCGCCAGCACGGAUGGCUGCAUAUCUCGAUGGUCGAACUCCAGCACCGCCGGAUAGAGGUUAAGCGCGAGAAGACAGGGUUAGAAUUCGAGGGCGUCCGCGGCGCAAACGUGUUCCCCCGCAACGUCGAAGAUGCCGUGCAGAAGAUGCGCGUCGUCGAGGAACGUUCCCUCCGCUUCCGCGACGUCGUACAGCAGCAGGAACAAGAACAGGAACAGGAACAGGAAGGAGACGAAACCACAACACAACCGCAAACCGCGACACAAACGCCAUCAGACCUACCCACAUUCACACCAUCCUCCAAUCUCGAAAACAUCCCGCCCUACGCGCAGGGCCGCCUUGUGCACCGCACCGAGCCGGAUCUCAAAACACACACUUCGUAUCUUGUCUUCGCCGUUCUGCCGCGCGAGUGGACGGAGGAGGAUGAGCUCAAGUGUGCGGAGAAGUGGCCGAGUCAGCUUGUGGAUGAGGAGGGGGUCCAACCUGCUAAGGGGAAGAGCCGGCGGCAGAUGAAGAGGGAGGCGAAGGCCGCGGGUGGCAGUAAGAAUGGGAAUGAGAAUCAGGGGUAG